AUGGUAAACCGGAAGGAAAUGAUAUUGUUUAUAGCCGAUGAAAUUGCUAACGGUUGUCUUAAUAAUGGGCAUUCUUUUUAUCGUUACUCGGCAGAGCAGAAGAAAAAAGUUAUUUGCUAUUUUUUCCAAUUUCCAAUAAAAGAAGUAAGUCUUAAUAUUAGCACUGAAAAUGCUCUCCAACGUAUUGUUCUAAAAUACAAGCAAAAUAAUAUAACGGAAGCAAUAGCGCCAACGUUGGAAGAUUUACGUAAUUUUCAUUAUGCUGCAUUGCUUGAAUAUCCAGAAUAUGCAGAAGGAUUAGUGGGUGCAUUGUUUGGAUUAUUUUUCACUCGACAAAAUGGUUUUGUCAAUAAUGAUUCAUCCGGAAUGUACGGUGGUAAGAUGAUUUGGUAUGAUGGCACUCCAGCUAAGACGAAUUUUAGCUCAUUUCAUGAUCCUUUAUUCAAUCCACGUGUAAAUAAAUCCCAUUGUUAUCGUUUCAUGACAUGGGCCACUGAAGAUAAUGAUUAUUAUCCGAAACGAUGUGCACUCGGCGAUCAUGGAUGGGAAGGAACGGAUGGUGAAGUUCAUUGUUUUUCCAUUGUAUAUAAAAUGUCAAACCAUACGGAACAACUCUAUUCGAUUGAUGAUUCAAUAUGUCGAAUUCAACGACAGCGAACACACAUCAGAAUGUAUCCAGCGGUAUUUCGUGAAAAAAAGGAAUAUGAAUUCAUCAUGAAAAAACUUCAGGAUGAUCUUAAAACAGAUCAGCCGAUGUUUUAUCAAUAUCAUUCCGUUCUAUUCGGUUUAUGGUAUUUUCGUGGAGCUGGUUAUCGAUGGAGUGAUUUCUCGCAAAAUUCCAAUUUUGGAUUUAUCGACCCCAGUUUCAAUCCGCGAUUAAACACUUCACAAUGCUAUCGAUUCUUAGCCAUUCCAUCUCAAUGUCCUUUCAGCUCUAUGCAUGUACAAAUCGGUAAGAUUGCAGCGGUUGCAGUAGCAGUAGCAGCAGCAGCAGCAAAUAAUCCGUCACUUGAUGCAUUUUAA